CUCGCAUUUGGUCGCCAACUAAGAGCCCUGUCGUUCCGAAGCUGCCGCGGUCGCUGUCCGCACCAAGCUGCAGCUCGUGGUGACUUUCGGCUGCAGCUCGUGGUGAUUUUCGUCUACGCGCAACCCAGUGCGUGAGGAUUCUUGGUCCUGGGAAUUCACGACCUCUCCGGGGCAGCACUGGAAUCGGCUCUCUGCUUGUCACUACAUCACUAACCUGUUGUGUUGCCGAUGGAGGCAUUGGUUCUAGUAGGAAAGAUAUUGAUGGAAUAAUUGUUAAGAGAAAGAAAAAUGGCAAGCGGAAGAGGAAAGAGUAAAGAUGCGAUCGUCACAGAUGAACAACUAGCACAAGUUGAGUAUGAACUAGCUAGAAACAGAAACAUUGAAGAAAAUGCGAAAAGGGUGGCACACAUACUAGAGAAACGUGCUGCAGUUAGUGAGGCCUACGAAGCAAGCCAACCCGCAAAACAGAGAAAAAGAAAGGCACCCUCCUCAGCACCUGAAAAUACAGCUGAAAGACGUGUUUUGAGGUCUAGGGGAGCAAACGGAUGUGAUAAUGCAAAUCCUACAGACCAACCUUCCAAAGAGAUCACUACCAAGCUUGUUGAUGGUAAGAAAGGUGGCCGAACGAUAACUAAAAAGGCUAACAUAUAUGCAAGGAUGAACAAGCCUAAAAUCAAAAUUCCAUUUAAUGAGCAUGGCCAACCAAUUGGGCCAGAUGCAACUGAAUUUGCCAAUUUCAUUGGUACUCUGGUCAGGAAGCAUAUACCACCCAAAACUAUAGAUUGGAGAGAUGUUGAUGAAGAAAAGAAGUUGCUAGUGUGGGAUUACUUACAGGGAUUUUAUGAGCUGGACUCAAUUGCUCUGAGAUAUGUCAUUAACACUUCACAGAGAAAAUGGAAGGAAUGGAAGGCAGAUUUAAAGAAGACAAAGUUUGAUCCUGAAUUGACUGACGAAGAGCUUAUGCAUGAACGUGAUGACAGAAUUAGUGAAGCUGAUUGGAAGGAGCUUCUUAAAUACUGGAGAUCUCCUGAAUUCGAAGCUCGCAGUUCUACAGCCAAAGAGAAUCGUGCCAAGUCUACCGUCCCUCAUACAGCUGGCAGCAAGAGUCAUGCCCGUGUUACCCAAGAAAUGGCUGACGAACUUGGGUAUGCCCCUCGGAGAGACGAAGUGUUCAUCAGAACACAUACGCUGAAGAAAGGACCAAACAAAGGACAACACGUGCCAGAGGCAGCUUCAGUUAUUAGUGACCUCCUACGGGCAGCUAAUAACCACCCUGACUGGAAGGAAAAGAGUUUGAAAGAAGGCGAUCUGUUUGCACGAGUUGUUGGAUUGAAAGAGCCAAGGGGUCGUGUCCGUGUGUUAGGUCUAGGGCCAACACCUCAAGAUGUGGGCACACCGGGUACACGGGGUAAAGUGAGCACAAGGGUUCUAGCUGAAAUGGUAGCACGUCGAGAAGCUGAACACCGCAUGAGCACUUUGGAGGAGCAGAUGCAACAAAUGGAGCAACGAAUGAACAAAAUGCAAGAAAUGAUGUCACAAGGAGGGCAUAAUUUGGAGGCUCCUAGCUCGCAAAAUGGUUCUAAUUCUCGACAAAACUCAAGAGCUGAAAUUGAGGAAGAAAUUGAUGGCGAAGACGGCGAUGAAGAGGACAGCGAAGAUGGCAAUGUUCAGAGAAGAAAAAUUGUUGCAAAUCCAAGAAACUCUUCAACCCAGCAAGAUGAAAGCCUUAUUGGGAUGGAUGUGCUUCUUUAUGCAUGGACUGGUCCUGAAACUCCUGUUGCUAAGGCAACAGUUCUCUCGGUCGAUCCAGACACAAUUGUGGGUGGGGAGCCUCUUGGACCUGGUACUUAUGAGGUUAUUGUGAAUGUUGCCAUUAAAAGGGAUACUAUUCUUCCAUAUCAGUGUGAGGAUUUACUAUAUAUUAGGGAUGCUGUCACAAGGUCCAUUGCAUGGCCAUCUAGCAAGAUAAAGCCCUACAAACCAGCGGCCUCUACCUCAUCUCGCCGGUGAUAAUUUCAGUUGAUGUGUCCCUUCAAACAUGCGAAACCAAGUAGCUGGAUGUUUCCCUUCAAAGAUGAAUUGUGAAACUUGGUCAUAUGGUAGUCAUGGCUUCCAUUUUGUAAUCCUGUUUAGAUGCUAGUAGUUGGACUUUUAUUUUGUAAAACCUACUUAUGGGGUGACAAGGAAUCUAUUAUUUUGUGAACUUGACUAUGUUGUGAUCAGUGUUGAGAUAAUAUG